AUGACGAAGCCAGUUUCUCAUAUUCCAGGUGUUAAGCAUGGAGAAAGAAUCCUUGUCUCGGUCAUUGAGAGCCGAGCUCACAAUGGCCCCUCCGAGCCUUGGGCGUCAGUGCCCGUAAACGAUCACGACCUAUCGCUAGGCUUCAAGGACAUCAGCUUCUGGCAGUUAAACAACUAUGCAAACCAUGCUGCAAAAUGGUUGAACGACAAUUUGCCUCCAGCUUCCGAUCCGUUUCAGUGCUUUGCCUAUGCCGGCCCCAAGGAUCUUCGUUACUCUAUUCUGGCAGUCGCCGCGGCAAAGUUGCAGAAAGUGAUCGUGCUUCCUUCGCCUCUAGGUACAGGCAAGGCCCAAAUGCACGUCCUCAACGCAAAGAAAUGCACGCUCUACUUGCGCCCGUCGUCGAUGGCAGAUCAUAUUGAGACCAUACUUCAUGAUGCGCCGCACGUGCAAGUCAUCACCGUGCCUGACCUCGAAGACUUUAUGCAGGAAGCAGAAGCCGUGCCAUUUAUAUACCCCAAGUCCUGGGCAGACGGGCGGUAUGAUCCAUGGAUGGUAUUCCACACUUCGGGCACCACUGGAAACCCGAAGCCUAUCACAAUGACCCAUCAUAUGAUGGCCUCCCUUGAUAGAGUGGGAGUAUUGUCAGGCAUUGAGCCAGGCAUAAAGGACCAUUUUACCCAUCGAAGGACGUAUACGCCGCUGCCAUCCUUACAUUUGCUAGGAACUGCAAUGGCGUUGGCAACGACUUCAUUCUUGCACUCUACCUUGGUCGUUGGCCCACCUGUACACCCUUCGCCUGACAUUCUCGUGGAUAUUCUGCGUUAUGGAAGGGUGCAAGCCGGUCUCUUCCCACCUUCCAUAAUUGAAGAGAUGUGUCUGACACAGGAAGGCCUCGAUGCCCUGAGACAACUCGACAUUAUCUAUUAUGCGGGUGCCACACUAGCUGCCAAAGCAGGCGACCAACUGACUUCCCAUACCCCGGUUGUUUGUAUGAUCGGUAGUACCGAGUGUGGUGGAUAUCCGAUGGCCAUGCACGACAAGCGAGACGCAUGGAAUUAUGUGAAGUUCCAGGAGAAUGCACCCAUUGAAUUCGAGAAGCGCGCCAAUGAUCUCUAUGAAUUGGUCUAUGUCCGUCGACCUGGGUCCCCUGCUCCCCAGAUCUUUGAGAUAUAUCCGGACCGUGAUCGUUUCGAGACAAAUGACCUGUGGGAGAAACAUCCAACCUACGAAGGACUGUGGAAAAUUGUCGGUCGCACAGAUGAUUACUUGGCGCUUUCCCAUGGGGAUGGGUUAUAUGCCGCAGCCCUGGAGCCUGUAAUUGAAGCCCAUCCAGCGGUAAAGUCUGCCUUGAUUGGAGGCAGCAAUCGCCCGGCUCCAGUCCUGGUUAUUGAGCUGUAUCCCGAGGCGGCAGAAAGGAAUGAUCGCGACGGAUUUUUUUCUUCUUUGCAGCCGUAUAUUGGAAAGGUCAAUGACCGGUGCCAUGAUUGUGUCAAGCUUUCUAAUGAGCGUAUCAUCAUCGCUGACGAGAGAAAGCCUUUUGUUAGGACUGACAAGGGAAGCGUAUCGAGGUUGCAGACCCUCAAUCUUUACAACGACGAGAUUGCUGCUUUGUUUGACUAG